AGUUUGCGCGUGCGAGGAUUUGAGGAUCUGUCCAGGGGGCGUGGUAUAACUGCAGUGACGUCAGAGUCGGAGGUAAACUGGGAGUCGGACAUAUUGCAGUUUUAUAGGAUCCCGAAAAAGAUCAGUGAGGAGGAUGAUCGAGGAUGAUCAGAACCAGGAGCUCCACUGGAGGAACGUUCAGCGUAGUUUUAAGUCGGGGAACCUGAGACUGAGAGGUGUGAUGUGGAAAAAGUAGACCCUCGGCCGACGGUAAAGUGAAAGAGGGAUCAGGGAGAGAGAAGUUCUCUCCGUUUCAGGGUUUUUGGGAAGAAAGGAAUGGAGUUCUACUUGUGUCUGCACGGAAACCUGCGCAGUGAACAGAGAGCACAAAGAGAGAAAGCAGCGCUCAGUGGCCUCCAGGGCAGUGGAUCUGCUCUAAUAAAACAGCUGUGUGAGUGUGUGUGUGUGAGGGAGAGUUAUGACUCUCAGGGUAGAGGUGUUGAUCUGGGGUCUUGUGUGGCUUUCUAUGAUCAGAUGCUCCUCAGGACUGCCUCAGCACUGUGACAACGGCAAGGCAAAGCUGGAGACAGACCUCCCUUCUCAGGAUGAGUUUCUUUGCCAGAAGCCAUGGUCGCAAACAUCACCUGCCCUGCAGCUCCAUGAUAUUUCCACCAAAUAUUCUCUAAAGCCAGCUGAGAGUGUCUGCAUGGAUUUGCACAUAACCUACAGUCACACAAUCCCCAACAGUGGAGCACACAGGCCUGUAGGAGCUCAGAGUGGAGAGUACCUCUAUUGCCCUCCUCAACGCUGGAUAAACAACCUGAAGGAUGGCGCCACAGUGCUCCUGUUUCACCCUUGUGCUUCAGAGAAUGCUCGCAGGAGUCUUGCGGCUGUGGCUCACUCCUGCCUGCCUCACUUCAUCCUCACACCUUAUCCUCAACUCAGCCAACAAAGACCAUUUGCCUUGGUCUCUUGGGGUCACACACUAGAGAUGUCCCACGUCACCACUUCAGGAGUGUGUGAGUGGUUACACACAGUUUCCACCAGCUUUAACCAAACAACAGUAAGCCAAAGCAGAAAUUACAAUCUGUAUUUGACAAAAGCUGCUUCAGUGGACCGUGCACUGGAUAUCUCUGAGAAGUCUCUAAAAGCAUGCUGUGUGGAGGUUCUGUCUGCAUACGAGACAACAGCAAGAACGAGGAAACGCCAAGCAGUCCUGCAGCCUGCAAAAAGAGAAAUAAAUGAAGAAGAAGUAACAAACUCCGGAAAGCCUUCAUCCAACGACUCCGAGAAGAACAUGCUAAAUCAUACCCACACACAGCCACUGAACAAUAGUGAGAGCACAGAUUCACUAUCAACAGGCCUUCAUGGCCAUGUCCUAACCCCUUUCCAUACUGCCAUUCGCUCAGAGGAGCGUGGUGGUGGUGGUGGUGGUGGUGGUGGCGGCGUGGAAACAGAUACAAAGACAACAGCCACACAGUUGCCACUAAAAGAGCCUCUUGGGUACAGCAGGGAUGAGGAAACAGUGGAAAAGAUCCAUGAUUCACAGACUGCAUUGAACUCUUUAAAGAAGAUCAAUACUAUGGCUGUGAGGAAGCAGCGCAUUAAAACUGAUGUAGCCGAGUUGAGUGCAGGUGGAGGCUGUGCAGACCCGGGUCACUGCGGGCCACCUGAUGUGGCCACUGCGGUGAUCGAAGGCCCACUGAGGGGACGCAAGAUGAUUGUCCAGCGUUCUGAUGAGGCAGUGUGGGCUGCAGCAGCUCUGGGCUUCCUCCUGGUCCUGCUCACGCUCUCAGUGCUCCAUACACGCCUGUACCGAAACUGCCGUGCACCAUCCAGUCUGUACUGGCCUGAGAGCCAGCAGGACUAUGAAAGCGUAUCAGACAUCAUUCGCAGGAGGCUGAGGAUGGUGAGCAGGAGGAAGAGAAGAGCAAGCCAGAGCAGGAGGCAGGAGCGUCCUUUGCUCUCUGACUCCAGCAGUGAUAACGAAUGACCCGCAGGAUGGUAGCGAAGGGGUCUGGUCUCUUCCCAUGGGCUAAAACUCAAGUCUGCAUUUCAUAGCACUGUGGUUCCCUAUGUGGAGGACAGGACCUCAUUUACAGGACCUCAAGCAAGGCUUUUUUCACAUCGCUGAGGUCCACAAACAUGGACUUAUACUUACUUUAUUUAAAAUGUUUUGUUUUUGAAGGUACAGUGUUUUGAAAAAGUAUUCACCCCAAUGGUUAUUUCCAUUUUUGCUAUAUUAUACCAGAUUUAAGUGUUUAAGAAGGAUAUGUAGUGCUUCGCUUUAAGAGAUCGUCUACAAAAAUAUAAUUCAUUAUGUCAUCAGAAUGGAUUGUGAAAACUGCUUAUUUACCCCCUCAAUAUUAAUUGUCGUUUUGUAGCAAUUAAUAUUUCUCAGGUUGAGAUUUUACACAUUUUGAUUUUCUUCCAUUCCAGUGCAAAGUUUCAGUUCAAGCAAUUUCAGAUCAAUUUUUAUCCCAUUCCAAAUGUGAAACCUGAUGGAAUUGUUUUUUAACCCUAAGCACAGCAGAGCUAGCUUGAUCUGCCAUUUUAUAACAUUUUUUAAUUAUUUUAAGGACAUCUUAUUAAUUAAUUUCAUUGUGUUAUUGUAGAGUUUUGCUUCAAAAUGAGCAGAACAAAUCCACUAGUAAUGAUUAUCUAAUAUUGUCUGUAUUUACUGGGUUUAUGGAUUUGAGUCCAUCUAUCAUCCUUUCCCAACAUCAUGACCCAUGAACCAGUGUCUGAUUGGUUAAAUCUCCUUAAUCAUCUGUACUUCUGUGCCUAAAUUCGAUGAUGCAAUAUAGCAAAAGGAAAUUAUCACAGGGGGCAACAUAUAUGUAGUUUUGUAAGAUGUGCAAAACAUUUGCAUAAACGCAAGAUAUGAAGAAAAUGAACUGGUAAAAACUUUUAAAUGGCGUUUAUGUUUGUUUAUAAUGCAUUUAAAAGGUUUUAUGCUUUUUGCUCUUGAAAAGAAUUUCAAAAGCAUUUUUUAAAUAUCAGUCUAUUGUUUACAUCGUCCUUGAAAUCAACUUGCAUUUCAAGCUCAGCCCUGAGCAGUUGUAAAUCCAAUGUAUGUUUGGAGGACAUUUAGAGAGGAAGACUCGGGGACAGGGCGGGAUUAUCAGUGUUUGCAAUUUGCUCCAAAAAAAUGUUUGAAUAAAUUACAUGUAAGUUGCUCUAAA